AUGAGAUUAUGUUUCUGAGCAUUUCUCUUUCUGAGCAUUUCAACUUAACCCUUCCAUUUAUCAUGGAUGAAAAUAUAUAACCUAGAAGAGAAGAAGACAAAGUUAAAAUUGAAGUGUAAAUAUUAGGAAAAAGCGAAGACACAGAAAAACGCACGUCAUCGAACCUUCACAAUGCAGCCACCACCCAAGGAAAAUGACAAGGCUGGAGUUUGUGAUAUAUGUGGUGCUAGUGGAUUUGAUGAAACAAUUGUUACUUGUUCUAAAUGCAACAUAAACUGUGAACAUUCUUACUGCAUGCGAUUUAAUACCUUAAUAGUUCCUAUAGACUGGAUUUGUGAGCCUUGCAAAUCCAAGGAUGUUUCGACUUCACCACAUGAAGUGAAUCAGGGUAUUGGCUUGAGGGCUUCUAAAAUGCGACAGCCUGUCAAAACAGGGAAAGUGAAGUUCCUUCCCGAGGAUGAAGUCCUUAGACUUUAUUCUGGCAAUUUUCCCUUGGCAACAACCCGGAAAACUUCUGUUGGGUCCAAAAAUGUUGUUUCAAAGAUUCCCUCACAGACUCCAAAACCAUAUCCUUGCAUAUCACCUCCUAAAGUACUUGGGAAGCUUUCAAGAAAUGAUGAAGUACACAAGAAGUCAAUGACUAAUCAACAUGCUUCUUGCUCAUUAUCAAAAGGACCGCCAAAGGAGUGUAUAGGAGAAAAUCAGCUACCCUUGGGUGGAGUGAUACCUGGUAAAAAAGUCCAAACCGGUGAUGCUCAGAAAGAAAAUCCUACUAAAGGGCCUUUUGAAGCUUUAUCAGCAGGAAAAUCCUCCCAUAUUGUCGGUUCAGGACCGCCAAAGGAGUGUAUAGGAGAAAAUCAGCUACCCUUGAGUGGAGUGAUACCUGGUAAAAAAGUCCAAACCGGUGAUGCUCAGAAAGAAAAUCCUACAAAAGGGCCUUUUGAAGCUUUAUCAGCAGGAAAAUCUUCCCAUAUUGUUGGUUCAGGACCGCCAAAGGAGUGUAUAGGAGAAAAUCAGAUACCCUUGGGUGGAGUGAUACCUGGUAAAAAAGUCCAAACCGGUGAUGCUCAGAAAGAAAAUCCUACAAAAGGGCCUUUUGAAGCUUUAUCAGCAGGAAAAUCUUCCCAUAUUGUUGGUUCAGGACCGCCAAAGGAGUGUAUAGGAGAAAAUCAGCUACCCUUGGAUGGAGUGAUACCUGGUAAAAAAGUUCAAACCCAUGAUGCUCAGAAAGAAAAUCCUACAAAAGGGGCACCAUUUGAAGCUUUAUCAGCAGGAAAAUCUUCCCCUAUUGUCGAUUCAGGUGAUAUCCGCCGUGCUGAUGCUGAAUGUAACAAAUCUAAUAUUGAAAAAAGUGAUCUUCGGAGUGUUCAGGAAAACUUAAACCUUCAUUGUAAAUUUUUACCCUCUUCUUUUCCUGCUUGGAGGGGUCAAUUCCAAAUUCUUCAGACUGCUGUAUCUAGUGAAUUUUAUGAUGGGCUUGAGGCCCAACCACCAUGCAUUGUUAACAAGAAAGCAUACAAAUUUUCAACAGAAAUGCCAUCAGUCCUUCAACUGGAGUCACUUCCUGUGUUGAAUGCUUUGACUGACAUAUUCCAGGAUAAUUCUCCUAGGCUUCAGGAUAUUGCAUUGUAUUUCUUUCCAUCAGAACUUACUGAGAGGUCCAGAAAGAACCUGGAUAGCAUAUUGAAGUUUUUGAAUGCUGAGAAAUCAAUGCUGAGAAGUUAUAUUAAUGGAGUAGAGUUGCUGGUAUUUACCUCAAAUCAACUUGACAUGGACUCAAAGGGUGCUAUAGCUGCAGUAAAUGCUGGACAUUUCCUGUGGGGAAUGUUUCGCCAAAAGAAAAUUGAUAAAGCUAUUGAAAGAGUGCCUGACAUGGAGCCAGUUGAUAUGGACAUCGAUAUGAUUGGAGGAAAGGAUGUGGUGGAGAGAGCUGAUGUCGUUCGAAAUUGUAAACCUAAGAGUGCCUCUUUGAUGGAGGAUUAUAACAAACUGGACGUUCCUCCAGGCUUUGAAGAAUUUACCAAAAUGUCUAAAUGAAAAUUUGCUGCAGAAAACCAGCACAUGAUUUGUGAGACCUUGCAUAUAGUGUAGUGGGCAACCUCAAAUUCUGAAGAGACUUAACGAAUUCAAUUAAAACAUCAUCAUGGUAUUGGUAUACUGGUGUAGUAAAAAAUUAUAGUUAGCUUGUAUGUUCAGUUUCUGAACUCAGUUAAAAUAUCAUCAGGAUUUGGUAUACUGCUACAGUCAGAAAUCGUAGCUAGCUUGUUUGUUCAGUUUCUGAACUUAGUUAAAAUAUCAUCAGGCAUUGGUAUACUACUAUAGUUAGCUUGCUUGUACAGUUUCUGAACUCAUUCUGACCAGGAGUUUGCACAUGGCCUAUGAAUAUAUCAAUGGAAGAAUAGAAUGUGCAUUUGCA